GUUGUGUUUCCGCUGUGCGUUUCCAAAAUGACCAAAAUGGAGCUGCUGGGCGGCUACCUGACGGAGCGGCUGACGGCGCUGGUCAGGGACAUCCUGGACGUGGUCGAGGACACGGUCAGCGAGUACCGGGAAGAGACGGUCCGGUACCGGGAAGAGACGGUCCGGGCCCGGCGAGAGAACGACAGCCUGCGGAGGCAACUGCGCGACUUCCGGCUCGUGGAGGCCGGGCUUCAAUGUCCGAGAAGCAAGAAGAUCUCCGAGCAGCAUGGCGACCGCCAGCCCGCCUGUGCUCCCCAACACCAGCGAGUGCCACCAGCCGGCACGUCGGCGCAGGCGGCAUCCGGCGUCCUGCGAGCGGACGACUCCUCUUUCAAAGCCUCUCCUCCCUCGCCGCCCGCCGCCGUCCUCACACUCCACGUGGACGUGCAGCGAGCGCCCCCCCCUCCUCCCAUCAAGACGGAGCACGAGGAGUCUAAGGUGACGUCCGCGCCGCCGCACGACCUGGUGUCUGUGGACGAGUCGCACGUCAGGACACACGCGGACGCUCGGGGGAGUGCGGGAGCCUCUCCUGACACAUCGGCGAGCACCAUCGUUUACGAGUGUCCUCGCUGCAGCGAGGCCUUCGACCGGGCCGCCGGGCUCCGCCUCCACCUGGAGCAGAAGCGCAAGACGUACGCCUGCGACUGGUGCUGCAAGUCCUUCGCGCAGUCGGCCGACCUGCGGCGACACCUGCGCACGCACACGGGCGAGCGGCCGCACCGCUGCUCCUUCUGCUCCAAGAGCUUCAGCCAGCAAGGAAACCUGCGGCGACACGUGCGCAUCCACACGGGCGAGCGGCCAUAUUGCUGCCCGCUCUGCCAGCGCACCUUCAGUGACGGCGACACGCUCAAGAAGCACAGGCGCACCCACCACCACACACGCCUCUCCGACACCUGACCUCCUCCCACAAGACCCCGCGCCCCGUCAAGGCCACGCGGGACCUGACAGGACGGUCCUGACCCCUGAGAGGACAGCGGUGACGCCGGAGAGGACAGCCGUGACCGCGGAGAAGACAGCCGUGAACCCUGAGGACAGUUGUGACCCAUGAAAAGAAGGCGGUGACCCAUGAGAGGACAGUUGUAAUCCCUGAGAGGACAGUUGUGACCCCUAAGAGAACAGUUGUGACCCCUGAGGACAGUUGUGACCCCUGAAAGGACAGUUGUGACCCCUGAUAGGACAGCUGUGACCCCUGAAAGGACAGUUGUGACCCCGGAUAAGACAGUUGUGACCCAUGAAAGGAAGGCGGUGACCACUGAAAGGACAGUUGUGACCCCUGAAAGGACAGUUGUGACCCAUGAAAGGAAGGCGGUGACCCCUGAAAGGACAGUUGUGACCCCUGAAAGGACAGUUGUGACCCCUGAUAGGACAGUUGUGACCCCGGAUAAGACAGUUGUGACCCAUGAAAGGAAGGCGGUGACCCCUGAAAGGACAGUUGUGACCCCUGAAAGGACAGUUGUGACCCCUAAGAGAACAGUUGUGACUAGGGAUGUCCGAUAAUAUCGGCGUGCCGAUAUUAUCGGCCGAUAAAUGCGUUAAAAUGUAAUAUCGGAAAUUAUCGGUAUCGGUUUUUUAUUAUCGGUAUCGGUUUGUUUUUGUUUUUUUUGUUUUUUUAAUUAAAUCAACAUAAAAAACACAAGAUACACUUACAAUUAAUGCACCAACCCAAAAAACCUCCCUCCUCAUUCACACAAAAGGGUUGUUUCUUUCUGUUAUUAAUAUUCUGCUUCCUACAUUAUAUAUCAAUAUAUAUCAAUACAGUCUGCAAGGGAUACAGUCCGUAAGCACACAUGAUUGUGCGUGCUGCUGGUCCACUAAUAGUACUAACCUUUAACACUUAAUGUUACUCAUUUUCAUUAAUUACUAGUUUCUAUGUAACUGUUUUUAUAUUGUUUUACUUUCUUUUUUAUUCAAGAAAAUGUUUUUAAUUUAUUUAUCUUAUUUUAUUUUAUAUAUAUAUUUUUUAAAGUACCUUAUCUUUACCAUACCUGGUUGUCCAAAUUAGACAUAAUAAUGUGUUAAUUCCACGACUAUAUAUCGGUUGAUAUCGGUAUCGGUUGAUAUCGGUAUCGGUAAUUAAAGAGUUGGACAAUAUCUGAAUAUCGGAUAUCGGCAAAAAGCCAUUAUCGGACAUCCCUAGUUGUGACCCAUGAAAGGAAGGCGGUGUCCCCUGAAAGGACAGUUGUGACCCCUAAGAGAACAGUUGUGACCCAUGAAAGGAAGGCGGUGACCCAUGAUGGGACAGUUGUGACCCCGGAGAGGACAGUUGUGACCCCUGAGAGGACAGUUGUGACCCCUGAGAGGACAGUUGUGACCCCGGAGAGGACAGUUGUGACCCCUGAGAGGACAGUUGUGACCCCGGAGAGGACAGUUGUGACCCCGGAGAGGACAGUUGUGACCCCGGAGAGGACAGUUGUGACCCCUGAGAGGACAGUUGUGACCCCGGAGAGGACAGUUGUGACCCCUGAGAGGACAGUUGUGACCCCGGAGAGGACAGUUGUGACCCCGGAGAGGACAGUUGUGACCCCGGAGAGGACAGUUGUGACCCGGGAGAGGACAGUUGUGACCCCUGAGAGGACAGUUGUGACCCCGGAGAGGACAGUUGUGACCCCUGAGAGGACAGUUGUGACCCCGGAGAGGACAGUUGUGACCCGGGAGAGGACAGUUGUGACCCCGGAGAGGACAGUUGUGACCCAUGAAAGGACGGCCGUGACCCAUGAGAGGACAGUCGUUACCCCGGAGAGGACAGUUGUGACCCGGGAGAGGACAGUUGUGACCCCGGAGAGGACAGUUGUGACCCCGGAGAGGACAGUUGUGACCCAUGAAAGGACGGCGGUGACCCAUGAGAGGACAGUCGUUACCCCGGAGAGGACGGCCGUGACCCCGGAGAGGACAGUUGUGUUCCUAAAUAGAAUACAUUCAUUUUUGUCCUCAAAAUUCUACACACAAUACCCCAUAAUGACGACGUGAAAAGGUAUUUUUGCAAUUAUUAAAAAUAAGAAGUAAUAAAUGACAUGUACCUAAGUGUUGACAGACUUUACUAUAAAGACCAAAAGUGAUCUCAGCUGCAUCCUGUUUCAACUGAUCCUCCUUGAGAUGUUCUACAGCUUUACUGGAGUCCACCAGUGGUAAAUUCAGUUGGCUGGACAUGAUUUGGAAGGACACACACCUGUCUGUAUAUAAGGGCCACACUUGACAGUGCAUGCAGAGCACAAACCAAGCAUGAAGUCCAAGGUCUGUAGACCUCUGAGACAGGAGCAUUCUUCUGUGAGGAGAGGAGAACAUUACAGAAGGACAAUCCACCAAUCAGGCCAGGCGGAAGCCAUUUUUUAGUAAAAGUUUGCCAAGAUGCACCUAAAAGACUCUCAGACCAUGAGGAACUUUGCUGUGGGGAUGCUUUUCACCGGCAGGAACUGUUAGACUAGUCAGGAUGGAGGGAAAGAUGAAUGCAGAAAAGUACAGAGACAUCCUGGAUAGAUAGAUGGAUAGAAUACUUAUGUGCGUGUCAUUUCUUAUUUUUAAUUCAUCCCAUCCAUCCAUUUUGUACCGCUUAUUUAUAGGGUAUUUUGUGUAGAAUUUUGAGGACGAAAAUAAAUGUAUUCUAUUCUAAAGUGUGUAGGAAGUGAAGUGCUGUGAUGACUUCCUGUAUGCACUACCUCAAAGCGUCAUGCUAGUCCUGUUUGCUGGUCUUGAACAAUAACGUUUUGCAAAGCAGGUUGAGGAUGAAACCACCAACGCCUGCUAUAUUUACUUUCCUGCCGGCCUUUUAUUUUGAAGGCCUGACUUAAGCAGACGUGUGGUGUUGCCAAGUGCAUCUUUAGCUCUGCUGCCGGACAAGAACUGACGUUUUAUCAAAUAAAAGUUUGAGUUGAGGAAGCUCAGACAAGAUGAAGUGGAUGAUAUUCCUCAAAUUAA